GUGGAGUCCCCGGGGCCAUCGGGGGACGAGUACCCGGAGGGACCCGUCCGGGCGAUCAGGGAAAGGAAAGGAAGAGCAAGGGCGGAGAACCAUGGCAGCUCUGGUUACCGUGUGCGCUGGUGUAGGGAGGAAAAGCUUGACACCGGCUGCAGUCUGCCUCGCGGAUCGCGGAGCUCACACCGUGCUGUGGAGAAGAGGUUGUUCACAGUAUAAACAGGUAGCCAGCAAUGAGGACCUGCCAAUCCCGAUGGAAAACCCCUAUAAGGAGCCCCUUAAGAAGUGUAUCUUGUGCGAGAAACAGGUUGAUUAUAAGAAUAUACAGCUUUUGUCCCAGUUUAUUUCUCCAUUUACUGGAUGCAUUUACGGAAGGCACAUAACAGGUCUUUGUGGAAAGAAACAGAAAGAAAUAACAAAAGCCAUUAAGAGAGCUCAGAAAAUGGGACUUUAAUUAUCUCUUUACAGGGUUUAUGCCGGUUACAUACAAGGAUCCUGCAUAUCUCAAAGACCCUAAAGUUUGUAACAUCAGAUACCGGGAAUAAGUUGUGUAAAGUACUGCCAAUAAACCUGGAAGUGGA